AUGGCGGACAACGACACCCCCGUUACCCUGCGAACUCGCAAGUUCAUCCGCAACCCUCUCCUGGGCCGGAAGCAGAUGGUCGUGCCCUUGCCGCUGGACAGCAUGAUGAAGCUUGGGACGAGCGAGGCCGACGACACCGACGACACCGACGACGACGACGGCAGCGACGACGAAACGUGGUGGCACCGAGGCGCGGAGAACGACUGGCUGACGGUUCCCAGUGACAUCCUGCACCCCAACCGUGCCAACAUCUCCAAGGAGGAGCUCCGCGAGAAGCUCGGCGGCAUGUACAAGGCCCAGAAGAGCCAGGUGCAGGUUUUCGGACUGCGGACGCACUUUGGUGGCGGCAAGACGACGGGCUUCGGCCUCAUCUACGACUCGCCCGAGGCCAUGAAGAAGUUUGAGCCGGCCUACCGCCUGAUCCGCGUCGGCAUGGCCACCAAGGCCGAGCGCGCGAGCAGACAGCAGCGCAAGCAGCGCAAGAACCGUCAAAAGACGCUGCGGGGCACGGCCAAGGUCAAGGGUGCCAAGGCGAAGAAGGAGAAAUAA